AAAAUCUUCGAUGGUUAACUUUAAAAGAUACUAUUAUUGCUACUGAUGAUAUUAUUUUCAUUAUAAGUAAACUAGAAAAAUUAGUAUUUUUAGAAUUAAUUUCUGAAACAUAUGAUAUUUUUCUUACAAAUUGGAUUAUUUACACAACUUUUAAGGAACGAAUUGAUGAUAAAAAAUUUGAAUUUACAGUUAGAAAUUUUGAAUCUGAAGAUCCAAUAGAAGUAUUGCAAUCUUAUUUUGGUGAAAUUGAAUAA